GGCUGGAGCGGGUUGGGUAGGUGUGGCUCUGCCUGCGUGACCUGAGCCCCGGCCUUGGUCGCCGUCGUCUCCCGCAGCUGCGGCCUCUCAGCCAUGGGCGCCGUCUGGUCUGCCCUGCUGGUCGGAGGGGGUCUGGCCGGAGCGCUUUUCGUUUGGCUGCUGCGGGACACGGGAAAGGAGGGGGACGCGGAGCAGCGGAAGGACGCUCCUUCAGGGGAGGCGGCGGCUCCGGGAGGUGAUCAGGGUGGCGGCGGCGGACUGAGCCCUGGACCUUCUAGGCGGGAGCCGGUCACCAAACCAGAGCAUCCUCAAGAAAGCAAUGGCUGUUUGGUUUCUGAGACCAAAGGCCCUGGUGACCUGCAGGAAGCAGCACAGAGAUGGCAGGGUCCUUCUGGAGAAGGUGGUAACUGUGAUAGCUCAAGAGCACAUGUUCCUUCUGGAAAGUUUCCAGACACAGGAUCUCUAACUACCUCUGAGUCUAGUCACGCUGGAAGUUAUUCUGACGUUUCAAGCACCGAAAGCCUUGGAUCUCCUGUAGGAGCAUGGAGAUUCCAGAAGGGCCAAGAGACACCCACUAAAGCAGCUCCAUGUCUGGCAGAGAAGUUGCCGUCUGGCAAUCUCCUCCUGGACAGAGGGAAGGAAGUGAGCCUCGCACAGUCGGACAGUCAGGCCCGGGCUGACCAUGAGGACUGGGAGAUGGUGGCCCGGCACUCAUCUUGGGGAGAUGUUGAUUUGGGUGGCAGUCUGGAGGCUCCGGUGUUAAGCUCUAAUCAGGGAAAGGACUAUGGCAGACGCACUCUCGUGGAAGCAAGAGCUCAGGAAGUGGAUGUGAAAAGAAAAAAGGUAGCAGGGGUGUCUUGGGAGUCCCGGCAAGUUAGCAUCAGGUUCCAGGUCCAUUAUAUCACAGGCACUGGUGUGCAGUUCAUUGCAGUAACUGGAGACCAUGAGAGCCUUGGGAGAUGGAAAGCGUACAUCCCACUCCAGUGUAGCCAGGAUGGGCUCUGGUCUCGAUCGGUGCCCCUGCCGGCAGACACAGGGGUGGAAUGGAAGUUUGUGGUGGUGGAGAAUGGGGAAGUUACCCGUUGGGAAGAGUGCAGCAAUAGAUUCUUAGAGACCGGUCACGAAGAUCAAGUGGUUCACAAGUGGUGGGGGAUUCACUGAUUCAGUCUGCAAAGUCUGAAAGAGGCUGUUGCAGAAUAUGAAAGAGGCCGAGGGUGGGAAGCAUCCUGAAUAAUUUAAAAUAAAAGAAGUGUACCUUCAAAUCUA